AUGCUCGAAUAUUUUACCUACAAGAAGGUCAAGAAGAGCCGCAAUGAAAAAGCAGAACGAGAGCGUCUCGAAAGGGAGGCCAGAGAAGCCAAAUCGCCGACUUCGCCUCUGAAAUCCCCCACCUCUCCCAUCAUUGUCUCGAAGCCGCCCGCAGAGGAUCCUCCCCUUGGUGAUCCCUUGCUCGACCAGGAAGAUGAAAGAUUCCUGGAGCGGAUGGUGUCGCCGGAUGCCAAGUACGACGAUGACGAUGACGUCGAGUCACGACCGCCUCUGCCUCCCAGAAUUCCCACGCCCGUCAUGACCUGGGACAGCGACAGCGAGAGCUUCACCACCCCGGCGGGCAAAGGAAAGGGCAAGGAGAUUGACACUCUGGACACGGCGCCCAAACCCGGCAACAAGCGCUUCUCCGUCAUCACCAACAUUGGCCGCUCCAUCUCUAUGCGCAGGAAGCCUACCGAGAAGAGCGGCCUACAACCACCCCACCUACAAGAUCCCGCACGCGAGGUCGUGCGCGAGGUUACCGACAUCAACAAGGUCCUGGACGACCUCAACCUGUCGGCCCAGAACAACAAGGUCUUUUCGCUCUCGGCCGAGUCCACCGAGAUGGUCCGCAAGUUCAACCUCGUGCUAAAGGACAUAGUCAAUGGCGCGCCCACGGCGUAUCAAGAUCUGGUCAACCUGAUUGAAGACCGGGACGGCAUCCUGGCCAAGAACUACGAGAAGCUGCCCAAGUCCCUGCAAAAGCUCGUCACCCAGCUGCCCACCAAGCUCUCGUCUACGCUGGCGCCCGAACUCCUCGCGGUCGCCGCCGAGGCGCAGGGCCUCAACAAGGCCGACGCCGCCGCCCAGGGCGGUCUCAAGGGCGCAGCCAAGUCCUUCCUGACGCCCAAGAGCCUGCAAGACCUGGUGACCAAGCCGGGCGCCGUGGCAGGCUUGCUCAAGAGCAUUGUCAAUGUGCUCAAGACGAGGUGGCCGGCCUUCAUGGGCACCAAUGUACUGUGGAGCAUUUCGCUGUUCUUGCUCCUCUCGGUCCUCUGGUACUGCCAUAAGCGCGGCCGUGAGGUCCGGCUGGAGAAGGAGGCCGCGGAGCAGGACGAUCCUCUUCAUGGCGUCGACCGUGUCGAGGAACUCCCUGAUGACCCUCAGCUGCUGCCGGGACCCAGCAAUGUCUCGAGCAGCAGUCAGCCUACCAGACAAAAAUCUGGUAGAUCAUCGCCUGCAUCCCAUGAACUUAAGAAGAAGAACAAGAAAUGA